CAUAAUUCAUCAUAUAUUCAUCGGCCAUGGGGGAAGUUGAUCCAGCCUUCAUCCAGGAGCUUGAACACAGACCUAAACUUGCAGCACUUGAAGCCCAAGGAAUCCCGCAAAUUGACCUCUCCCCUAUCAUAAACUCAUCUACUGCUGCUAGUGCGAUAGAAGAUCUGGUGAAUCAGGUCCAUGACGCGUGCAAAAACUGGGGAUUCUUCCAAGUAAACAACCAUGGUGUUCCCGUUGAGGUGCGUGAAAAGAUGGAGUCGGCAGCAAAGAGGUUCUUUGAUCAGCCAGUGGAGGAGAAGAAGAAGGUGAGGAGAGACGAAGAGAAUCCAUUUGGUUAUUAUGAUACGGAGCGGACAAAAAAUGUGAGGGACUGGAAGGAAGUUUUCGAUUUCAAAGUGGAGGCCCCCACGUUGAUGCCGGCUUCUUCGUAUGAAUCUAACGAUGAACAUGCCAUAAAGUAUCCUAAUCAAUGGCCUCAUCAUCCUGAAGAAUUGAGGGAAGCAUCUGAAGAAUAUGUUAAAGAAGUUCUUAAAUUGUUUUACAAAUUGUUGGAAUUGAUCUCACUCAGCUUAAACCUCCCUUCAAACCGGUUAGAGGCCUUCUUCUCCAAGGAUCAAACCAGUUUGGCUCGAAUCAACCACUACCCGCCAUGCCCAGCUCCUGAUCUAGCUCUGGGUGUUGGUCGACAUAAGGACGUCGGUGCUUUGACGAUCUUAGCUCAGGAUGAUGUAGGAGGUUUGGAAGUUAAGCGAAAAAGCGAUGGAGAAUGGAUCUUCGUAAAGCCAACACCUAAUUCCUUUAUUGUAAAUGUUGGGGACAUUAUGACUGUAUGGAGCAAUGGAAAGUACGAAGGUGCGGAGCAUAGGGCGAAGGUGAAUUCCACAAGAGAAAGAUUUUCGAUCCCGAUUUUCUUCAACCCUGCAAGUUACACGGUGGUGGAGCCACUUGCAGAGCUGAUUGAUGAAAGAAACCCUGCCAAGUAUGAGAAUUAUAAUUGGGGUGAAUUCCUUGCCACUUCAGAGCGCAAUAAUUUUAAGAAACCGGAUGUUGAAAACAUAGAAUUUAAUGAUUUUAAGAAACCUCAUAAAUUAAAACUUGAUGAUGUUAUUUCUCGAGUUGAGAAUGUUGUUAUAUAAGAACCGAUGGUCCUUGUUGUCAUGAUUGUGGAUACCGAUGAAUAAAAUUGUUUACUUGUUUGUUUA